CAAAGGAGAGAAGCCCCCCGAGGGAAGGAAGGCCAGCACAGUGCCUAGGAGCAGAGAAGAGAGCAAAGUGAUGGGGACAGGCAACCUGCAGUCUACCAUGCUGGAAGGGCAUGGCUUGAAUCCACCAGACCUAGACCUUUCUGCUAUUGACGACAAAAGCAUGUCCAGGAAGGCUCCCCAGCUAGAAAGGACAGUGGCAGGAACUGAUAAGUCCCUUUUGAGACCUGACCAAAAAAGGACACUUCGAAAGAAAAGACAGGAUCUGCAGGAGACCAUGGACAUGAUGGAGUCGCAGACGCUGCUGAUGACCCUGCUGUCUGUGAAGAUGGAGAACAACCUGGCUCUGCUGGAGGAGAAGGCGGAGAAGGACUUGGCAGCCAUGUGCCAUGAGAAGGAGAGGCUGCAGAGGCAGGCACUGGAGCUGAGGCGUCAGCUGCUUCUCAGACAGAAACAUCAGGAGCUGGCCGCUGCCCUGGAUGCCCAGAUUGAGGUGCUGAGCCCUCUUCCGCCUGUGUUAGAGCGCUUCAAAGAGGAAUACAAGACACUGGGCAGAGCCCUGGACACCACGAGGCACGAGCUGUCCAUGCAGGCUGUCCACAUGGAAGGAAGUGGGCAGGAGCUCCUAGGUAGGCAUCUCCAUGGCAGGAAGGAGUCCCAAGACCCACAUGUGACAUCCUAGGUGCCUCAGCUCUGGCUUGGUUCCAGAACCCGUGUCCUCACCAGUGCGGGUAGGAAAAUGGGUAACUGAGUAAGAGAUUCUGUCCCCAGGCUGCUGUGAGGACAGCUGGAUGGUACUGGGGAAAGGGGUUCCUGACCUGAUCCUGGGCCCUACCAGUGGGGUAGGGGUGUUGGUGAGGAAGUCACUGUAGACCAGUGCUGAUGCACUUCGGUGAGUCUCUGGAGCAGCCCACUUCACAGGGAUGGCUGAGCUGUACAGGGUUUGCUUACUGCUCUCUUCCCUCAUGUCCAGUGGUUGCUUUUAGGACCCCAAAGCAUAACUAAAGCUGUGGACGCUCAAGUUUCUUCUAAAAGCAGCAGAGUGUGACUGGGCACAGUUGUAUGACUGACACCGCAGCUCUUGGGGACUAA